GCCCUGGACCGGGCUGGUGGGCGGUAGACGGCGCCCGGCACACCUGGCCCUGGCCCAGGAUUGCAUCCCGUUCCCUUUCGUGCUUUCGCCCCCCCAGCGCGAAACUCCGGCCCCGUUCCCUGCGCUCUGCCCUCGGAUGUCCCACCGCCCAGAGCCUGCAUGCGCCGUAGGGCGCUCCAGGACCAGGAACUCGAGGGUCCAGCGGCUCCUGGGCGGGGGUCCCGGGGCCCCCCUGCUCCCUCGGCACCUGUUGUCCCGGUGCUCGUCUUUCCCCCGGAUCUAGUGUUCUGGGCGGACCAGCGAAGCGGACACCGGCAGCUGCUCACCCUCUAUAACCCCACGGGAGCUGCGCUUCGCUUCCGAGUCCUGUGCACGGCACCGGCUAAGUACACCGUGUUUGAUGCCGAGGGCUACGUGAAGGCGCAGUCCUGCAUCGACAUCGUCAUCCGUCACGUGGCCCCCAUCCCCAGCCACUAUGAUGUCCAGGACCGCUUCCGAAUUGAACUGUCAGAGGAGGGCGCUGAGGGCCGCCUGGUGGGGCGCAAGAUCAUCACCUCGGUCCUGCGCGGCCCCGCCCACCCCCUUGAGCUUCAGGGACAGGCUGGCCCAGCACCCCAGCCAGGACCUUCUUCCUGGACACCGUCCCCCGCCAGCACGGCCAGGCGCCUCCCGGAGACUCCCCAGCGUCCCCCUCCGCAACUGGCCACCAGCUCUUUCCUCCUCCUGCUGCUGACCGGCACCAUCUCCGUGACCUUCCUGCUGCUGCCGCUCCAGGACGAAGUGGGGAGCCCGCUACCCCGCCUCCUGCACGUCACACUGGGGCAGAAGCUGGCGGCCGCCUACGUCUUGGGUCUUCUGACCAUGGUGUUCCUGCGCAGCUGAGUGUCCCCUCGCCUCGGCCCCUUCCCACAGCCGCCGGGAUUGCGAGGGUACUGUGGGUGGAGGGAGCACUGUGAUGUCCGCCCCCACCCCUUGGCUACAAACUCCUUC